GCCUCGAACGGGCUGGCCGGGCCUGAGGAGCGGGGGGCGGCCGUUGGUGCGGCUGUCCCGUCGACACGCGGCUCCGGUCCUUCGCUCCCCGCUGUGUGCGCUGCUUGGUCUGCGAGGAGUGUGGGGCCUUAUCGCUGCGGGGCAGCGACCCCGGCUGCUGCUGACAGCUGCUCGCCUCUGAGGCCCCACAGUGCCGCCGUUCGGAACAGCGCGCUGCUAUGGGCGAUACGGAAGAAGCCCAAAUGCAGAUCAGCCCCGAAACUCCUGGGCGGGUCACAGUCCUGAAUCCUUUCGAAAGUCCCAAUGAUUAUUGCACCCUUCAGGAGCAGAUUGUCUCCAGUCCUUCCGUCUUCAAAUCAACAAAAUCUUCAUCUACACCAGGAAAAUUUAGAUGGUCUAUUGAUCAGCUUGCUUUAAUAAAUCCUGUGGAAAUUGACUCAGAAGAUAUCCGACGCCAAGCAAUGUAUUUGAGUCACGCUAGAAUUGAUAAGGAGACAGAAGAGAGGAGGCAGAAAGCCAUUGAGGAGUUUUUCACAAAGAGUCUCAUAGUUCCUUCUCCUUGGACUGAACAUGAAGGCAAGCAAGUUUCACAGUUCAAUUCAACAAAAUCCAUAGAUCUAAAUAACAUUUCUCCAAUUGGAAGACAGCUAACUUUGCCUGGGAAAACCAAUGCUGCUUGUCAAACAGUACUGUCUUUGCCAGUGGAUUUUAAUUUAGAGAAAAUCCUAGGUGAAUAUUUUAGAACUGAUGAAUUUGCAGAUCAGUCUCAGGAAAAUCUGAGCUCUUCAUCACUCCGAAGAAAGCUUUUUUUGGAAGAAAAUGGAAACAUAUCUGAAUGUUUGACCCCUUCUCUGCAUAAUCCAUGCAGUAGUCAGCCACUUGGAGUGCUUUGCUCAAUAGAUAUAUCUCCAGUUCGGUGCAGGAGCCCCCUGGAAACAUCUAGUUCAGGUCAGUUUUCAUCCAGCCCUAUCCAGGGAGGAGCAAGGACUUACAGUCUGGGAAGUAUUACCAGUCCCUCAUUUCCAGAAGGGUCUCCUGCACGUAAUGGUUCUCCUACUUUUUCACCUAUUGCUUUUCAUAUAAGACAUACACCGCUGUCAGACCAAAGAAAACUUGCAUUUUGUUCUCCAGAUAUUCCUUCUGUCUCAAAUAGAAUGACACCUGCAAAUACAAGAAGUCCUUAUAUAGAUGGUUGUUCUCCAAUUAAAAACUGUUCUCCAAUGAGGCUUGGAGGGUGUAGAGGAACUGCCCAGUACCAAACUUCUGUCAUUAGAAUACCAUUUGCUGUUGAAAAUCACGAUGAGGAUGAGGACAGGGAAAAUGCUUCUCCGGCAGAAGCGCGGUUCCCAGAAGUGGAAAAUGGAAUCAACUUCUGUCAGCAAGAUGGCGACGCCUUUGCACCUGGUACACAUCUCGUCGUUGCAACGGUGUCUAUCACACCAGAUCAUUCGGAAGCUUGUCAUCAAAGGUUGUCAUCCUAUCAGGAUAUAGAAGGCUUGAAGGAAAAUAAUACUGUAGAUAUGGCUGAUGCAGCUGAAGUGUCAGAAAACACUUGGAUAAAAGAAACAAUUGGCAGUAGCAGUGCACCAAUGACCAGCUUUAUGACAGGGAUUACUUUCAGUAUUGAAAACUCUCGCAUGUGCAUGUCACCUCUUGCAGAAAGUAGUGCAAUUCCGUGUGACAACAGUAGUAUUCAGGUGGACAGUGGCUAUAAUACCCAGACGUGUGGGAGCAGCAUCAUGGAUACUGCGGGAGCUGAAAACAGUUGCAGAGAAAAUGAUGUGAACACUAACACACUUCAGACUAAACCUCAACUUCCUAAGACAAAGGAGUGUUCUGUUUUAAACCACAAAGACAAUCAGUUGCUGGGAGCAAAAUCUCCAGAGAAGCAGUCCUGUUUCCAUAAAGUGAAAAUGCAUCAUGCAGUAUUUUGUCAAAGUGCGAGCUGUAACGUUUCUACCUGGAAACAUAAAAAUGAAAAUCAAAUUCAGGGGUUUCACACGAGUGGUAUGUAGUUCUGAUGGAGAACUUGAAUUGUGUUAUCCAAUAAAUGUUUAUAUAUGUGACCCCAUUUGCCUGGAUUGUACAAACUGUCUUGUUUUUCCUGAUGGAAACAUAAGUUGGUUAAUAUGUGGGGAGUUUUUAACAAAUGUGAUUUUUUGGGGGAUUUUUAAUAAAACUUAUUGGUACUAUUAAGUGAUUGUUUUGAAAAUUAAGGAAGUUGAACUCUGUACAAAUAAAUCAUUGAGGUUUUUUCCUA